UAUGGCCUCUUCAAGCUCAUCCCGCUAUAAAAUCACCUGGGUAGAAGAUGUUGCCGGAGUGAAACAUGCCGUCAAAGAAUUAGGACGUGAAAAAGAGAUUGCUGUGGACUGUGAGGGGUGGAAUCUUAGUAGAGAAGGAACUUUGGAUAUUCUCAGUAUCGGUACUAGACAUCAGGAUGUUUAUUUGUUUGAUAUUGCCAAGUUGGGGGCCCUAGCCUUUGUUUCCGGACUGAAACGACUGCUUGAAUCGGACAGUGAUACCAAGACGAAACUGAUGUAUGAUUGUAGGAAUGAUUCUGAUGCGCUCAUGCAUCUUUACGAUGUGAAGUUAGCUGGAGUUUUGGACUUGCAGUUGCUCGAGAUUAUUCACCGUCGUAAUAAAGGACAAAAGUUUGAGUUUUUACGAGGACUCAAAAAAAGUCUUGACACAUACGUGAGGGAUAAAAAGAUUGAAAUGAUCAAACAGAAGGGGGUUGAUGAAAUAGAAGAUAGUAAGAAAAAAGGUGUCAACAUUUUCGCUGCUCGGCCUCUUAGUGCUGACUUGAAAGAGUACUGUGCAAUCGAUACUGCUGCGCUAUUUCCGCUUCUUAAACUCCUGAAAAAGCGGAAAACGGAUCAGGAAAUUACAAUUGUUCUGGAAGGCUCUGACAGAUAUGCAAAUUAUUUUCGAUCCUACGAAUCACUACCCUUAAAAGACUUCAUCUACAAUCCUUUCUUGCCCCUCAAAAUUCUACUUUUCUCCGCUGCUACUUCAUCUUCCACUGCCAGUGUCGUGUCUGAGAAAUGCAAGGGGUGUAGGAAGAACUUUAACAAGUCCGAGCUGAAGAUGUCCUCGCUCGCGCGUGUUGACCACGCAAUCUUGUGUAGGGUUUGUAAGAAGAUUGAACUUAGAGCGAGGGAUACGACUGCUGUUAUUGAGAGUUUGAACAAAUUGGAAUAGAAACUAGAGUGAAAGUUUUUCUUAUCGUAUACACUGCACAGGAUGGAUGAACACAACUAGGCUUGAGACCUGUUUGAUUUUUAUUAGAUUACGUUUCAUUAAAUCAAA